AUGGGACCUAGCGCCAACUGGCCAGCGCCAGCACCCCCUCCCCAAGUGCCGCGAAGGUUGGCUGGCCGUUUCGAGCCCCCGUUCGGCCCCGCCGGCAAGCCACUGAGCGAACUGGGGGCUCUGCCUGACGCGCCUCGCGCGCGCCUUCGGCUCGCCCUUCUCGGCUGCCUUCCGCCCGCCAGACCGGCCAUCUCCCCCGCCGCGCCAACUGGCGCCCCCACCCCCCUCGACCUACCCGGCGGCCUCGCCCGGCCCCUCUCCCAGGGCCGCGACGCGCCACCCGCGGCCCCCUCGCCCCGGGCCUGGAGGACUAAGGACCGCCUGUAG